UUCUCGCUCUAACUUCACGUAUGGUUAUACAUCACGCGUGAUCUAAACUGUUUACUGAUUUUACAUUUCAAAGAAGCACUUUGAGUCUUCUGCUAAGAAAAAUGAUAAUGAAUUACUUCUCAUGAAAUACAAGACAAGAGCGCAUGCGUGGGAAAACUUCUUUAUGAGCGGAGGAGCAUGCUCGGACGAUGGAGACUUCGGGAAAAAACUGGCCUAUUCUCAUUCGGUAAUGAUGGACGCUAUGGAUAAAGUUUGGGAUGAAGGAUAUAUACAUCGCCUACUACUGUUUCCGAUUUUCCACUUCAAACAGUCUGAAAAAAAAAAAUUCAGAAAAGCUACAGCUUGUUUUCUGAAGGUUUUUGACAAUCCUUUUGCCAUUCCCAAGGGCAAAGGAUUUAAACGAUCAGAACAAUUAUUCAGGAGGAAACGUGCCCUACCUGCUCUUGGCAAAGCAGCACUAAAGGUUGUAAGCCGCCUAUUUUCUGAAUUUUUAGGAGAUAUUGCAACUGACGCUCUCUCAAGCUUCCUGGGAAUCGGAGACAGUGAUACAGAUAGCAGCGCAUCUCAAGUGCAAGAUAUCAAUAAAUGGAAAGAUAUGAAGAUCACAAACGAUAAGGUUACUGUUGUACUCGUAAGAGACCAGCGUUUUUUGAGAUCUUUCAAGAUUGUGAUUGAAGAUUUCCAGCAACAUGUGCUGAAAUGUUUGGACAAAGAUAAGAAAAUGACCGCUGACGAGCACAAGUUCUGUAACAUAAAAUCUCAGAGUUUCGACGAGGAUGAUCUUGAAAAAAAACCCAAUGAUGGUGCGAUACCAAAAAAGUCUCCGAUGCUGGCAUUCAUGGCAAUUGCCAUCUGCACUCUGUUACUUAACUAGUACGUAUAUUUUAUUAAAAUAAUACAAUUAUGAAUGUCUAAAAUAUGAAACAAAGUCUUAGAAUAUCCAGGUUGAAUACAUGUUUCCG